UUGGUAAUCUGAAAAUAAUAACGAAGUUUAAAAAUAUGUAUCAGAAUUUUUCCCUGUAGAACUUCCGUGACUCGGAAGUUACAUUUUCUUUUGCGUUGGCGCCACUCGCCUCUGAGCAACUUUUAUCAAACAGCAUAAUCUAAAUUAGCUAACGUUAGCUGGUAACUACCAGAGAGCGUUAGCUAACGUUAGCUGGUGACUACGGCUACAGAGAGCGUUAGCUAAGGCUACCUGGUAACUACGGCUAAAGAGAACGUUAGCUGGUAACUACCAGAGAGCGUUAGCUAACGUUAGCUGGUAACUACGGCUACAUAGAACGUUAGCUGGUAACUACCAGAGAGCGUUAGCUAACGUUAGCUGGUAACUACCAGAGAGCGUUAGCUAACGUUAGCUGGUGACUACGGCUACAGAGAGCGUUAGCUAACGCUAGCUGGUAACUACGGCUAAAGAGAACGUUAGCUAACGUUAGCUGGUAACUACCAAAGAGCUUUAGCUAACGUUAGAUGGUAACUACGGCUACAGAGAACGUUAGCUGGUAACUACGGCUACAGAGAGCGUUAGCUACAUUUCGUGACGUAAUCAUCGGGUGACGGCGGACAAGUCCAGCAGCAGCGCUCCCAGGUCAAGAACAAGCAGCCAGCAUGGACUCCUGGGUUCGGUUCAACGCCCAGAGCCAAGCCAAGGAGAGGGUAAUUAGGGCCGCGCAGUAUGCCUGCACCCUGCUGGGGCACACGCUGCAGAAAGGCGGAUCAAUGGCGGAACUUCACAGGACUGUCAGUCAGCUGGAAGCACACAUGAGCAUGACGAGGAAGUUGCUGCGUCUGGGGAACUCAGUGGAGGCACUAGAAGCUGCCAAGAGGGCCAUCCACCUCUCUGACGGUGUGCUGAGGCUCUGCCUGACCCUCAGCCACCUCAACAGAGCCAUGUAUUUUGUCUGUGACAAUGUGCUGUGGGCUGGAAAAGUGGGCCUCGUCUCUAAGCUGGACCAGCACAAAUGGAGUCAGAGAUCUUUCAGGUACUACCUCUUUGCCUUGAUCCUCAAUCUGACUCGAGAUGUGUAUGAGCUCCGCCUCCUCAUUGAGCACGAAGGGCCUUACAGACCCUCCAAACCCCCCUGCUCCCCCAGCACAACCCUGUCCUCCCGCUCCACACCUGCCACUUCUGCACGGAUUUGCAGAAAGCUCCACCUACUGAUGACGGUGCUGUACAGCAACCCACCACUGCUGUUGGACCUGUUGAAGAACGGUUGUGAUCUCUUCAUCCCCUUAGACCGGCUAGGGAUUUACCCUACAGGUUCAGGCUUCGUCGGGGCCUGUGGCCUCGUCUCCUCUGUCCUUUCCAUCCUCACCGUGGUGCAUCCCUGGCUCAAACUCAAGCCAUGAGCCAGAGCGGCCAGUCUAGCAGACAGAUUGUGUAGAGCUGCUGGUGCACUGUGGACACAAUUUGGAAAUGUGGCGUUGAAAUCAUCCAGGUUUUUCCCCUCUGCGUUACAUAACACUUGCACUAAUUAUCAGCCGUGACCAGUAUGCUUGAACUGAUGGAAGAGUAACUCGCCCUCCAUGAUAUAAUUUACACAUUGGUCCAGCAUAGUUGUCUCCUCACAUUUCACACAAUUGUCUACAGGAAGCUUUUUAAAAAUAAAAGCUCAUCCAAUGGAAGUCUGUCUGUCUUAGUAGCAAAAUAUUCAGAUUAAUAAAACUGUUGUGUUAGA